ACAUAUGUAUACAUUUAUUGUAUGUCACACAGUUGCCUCUAGGGGGAAAUCACUGCACACAUUUGAAGGGUGGACACUUCAAGCUUGUUAAUAGUUAAAUGCAACAGUCUGACUAUAACUUUAAUUCAUCAUAAAGCCUAUCCUAAAGGCACUGUAUUGAAAUUCUGUAAUUUUUAAAUGAUUAGGACUACCAUGAGUUUAGUUAAAUGAAUAUUUUCACCCUUCCUGUCCCACUCUCUGCCUUCAAAGGCUUACUGGGUGCGUGAAAAUCCCUCCAUGAAAGCAAGGCUGAAGCUUCACUUCAGGAUUACAGCUUGAGGAAGAUUUAGUGACUGACACGUGUUGCACAGUCUUUCUCUGUGAGUCUUCUCUCAGUGCAAAAAAACAAAAAAAAUAGAAGAACCUAUGGCUGCUACACCGGAUCACUGGACACAAGAUGACGAGGAAUGAGCCUUCGGGAUGGGAAUAUUGUUCCCUGAUCACAUAUGGGAAGACUUGAAAGAAGAGAGGAUAUGCUGACACUUGAAAAUCUGCAUGAGAGAAGCUGUACUGUAAACAAACUUUGCUGAAGAGCCCAGCAGAUUGAGGGGAAGUUGGGUUUAUGUGGUUUGAAUGGGACAAGAGUACUGGACUCAAAUGUACAGUUCAGGGAUGAACAGCACCUCAUCGAUGGCUCCUCAGUCUCCAGGGCUGAGAAGCAGCUCACCACAGUCCUCAAUGUCACCCAAGAAGACCACCUUUCAGUCUUUAGGAUCUCUGUCAGCAGGAAUGUUCUCCCCCCCACUUGCAAAGAGCUCCUUUCAUCAGACGAAACAGGCCUCGAGUCCCUCGAAUUCACCCUCCCCGUCCAUUAUGAGCUCUCCAAAACUCUGGCAUAAGGCAUCCAUCUCCAGACUUGCAGAGGAGUUUUUCUGGAUUGGUGGCAGUGUGGUUGCACAGCCAAAAUGGAGACUGGGUCAGAUAGUGGAGAGGUGUAUGUGCACCAUGCAGGCUGGCACUCAGAUGGCCAAACUGAAGGGGAAGAAGAAAGGACUGAUCCGAUUCUUUUACCUGGACGAACACAAGUCCUGCAUCCGAUGGCGACCAUCCAGGAAAAAUGACAAGGCCAAAAUAACUAUUGAUUCCAUCCAUGAAAUCAUCGAGGGGAAAAAGUCAGAGAUCUUCAGGCGUUACGCAGACAACCGCUUUGACCCAAACUGCUGCUUCAGUAUUUACUAUGGGGAGCGUGUGAAGUCCCUGGAUCUGGUAUCCACCAACGCAGACGAGGCCCGCACCUGGGUCACUGGGCUGAAAUACCUCAUGGCUGGUAUCAGUGAUGAGGACAGUUUGGCCCGGAGGCAACGCACCCGUGAUCAAUGGUUACAGCAGACGUUCUCUGAGGCUGACAAAAAUGGAGAUGGCACCUUGAGCAUUGGAGAGGUUCACCAGCUGCUGCACAAACUCAACGUGAAUUUACCCAAGCAGAAAGUCAGGCAGAUGUUUCAAGAUGCAGACACAGACGAGAACCAGGGUUCGCUAGGCUUUGAAGAAUUCUGUUCGUUCUACAAGAUGAUUUCAACGCGCAGAGACCUCUACCUGAUAAUGAUCUCCUACAGCAAUCAGAAAGAAGUUAUGGAUCUUCACGACCUCACGCGCUUUCUGGAAAAUGAACAGAAGAUUCGAGGUCUGGCCAGAGAGCAUCUAGCUGAGAUAGUGGCCAAGUUUGAGCCAUGUCCUGAGAACCUGCAGCAUAUGGUCCUGGGAAUUGAUGGUUUUACCAACUUCAUGAGGAGUCCUGCAGGUGACAUCUUCAACCCCGAGCACAAUCAGGUGAACCAGGACAUGACUCAGCCUCUGAAUAACUACUUCAUUGCCACCUCACAUAACACCUACCUGACAGGAGACCAGCUGCUCUCUCAGUCCAGAGUGGAAAUGUACGCCUAUGUUCUCCAGGCAGGCUGCCGCUGUGUGGAGGUCGACUGCUGGGAUGGGCCUGACGGGGAGCCCAUCAUUCAUCACGGCUACACCUUGACAUCCAAAAUUCUCUUUAAAGACGUUGUUGAAACAAUUAACAAAUAUGCCUUCACAAAAUCAGAGUACCCAGUGAUCUUGUCCAUAGAGAACCACUGCACUGUGCCUCAGCAGAAGAAGAUGGCUGAGUAUCUGAAAGAGGUGCUGCAGGACAAACUGGAUCUGUCCAGUGUCAACGUACAUGAAUGCAGGAAGCUGCCCUCCCCCGAGAUCCUGAAAGGGAAAGUUUUAGUCAAGGGAAAAAAGCUGCCAGCAAACAUUGAUCCUGAUGCAGAGGAAGGUGACGUGUCUGAUGAAGACACUGGUGAUGAAGAUGAGGAGGAAGACGACGACGAUGAUGAUGAUAUUGCACAGGCAAAUGAAACGAUGGAUGGACGUAGUGUUACCUUUGCCAACCCAGUCAAAAAGAAGAGGCGAUUUGGCAGAUCGAUCAUAAGGAGCUUCAAGCGAAAGAGGAAAAAGAGAACCAGAGUGAAAAAUAAGGCGAUGUCUGAUGGCGAGUCGGACCACAGCAGCAGCAAGGAGAGGACACAAAUUGUUUACCAUCCCAAGAAGAGGAAAACAAUGAGGCUGUCCCGAGCUCUGUCUGACCUGGUCAAGUACACAAAAUCUGUACGAGUGCACGACAUAGAAACACAAGCAUUUGCAAACAGUUGGCAGGUGUCGUCCCUCAAUGAGACUGUUAUGAACCAGAUCCUACAGCUGAAGCCAGGUCAGUUGGUCCGUUUCAACCAACGCCAACUUCUAAGAGUUUACCCGUCCAACUACAGAGUGGACUCGAGCAACUUUAACCCACAGCCAUACUGGAAUGCAGGAUGCCAUAUGGUUGCAAUGAAUUAUCAGACAGAGGGUCGGAUGCUUGAACUGAACCAAGCCAAGUUCUCAACCAAUGGAAACUGUGGAUAUAUUCUGAAGCCUAAGUGCAUGAAUAAAGCUGCCUUUAACCCCAUGUUGGAGGACCCCUUAUCAGGACAGAGAAAGACUCAGUUAGUACUGAAGAUCAUCAGUGGACAGCAGCUUCCCAAACCCAAAGACUCUAUGUUUGGGGACAGAGGAGAGAUUAUUGAUCCCUUUGUUGAGGUUGAGAUAAUCGGUCUGCCUGUUGAUUGUACCAAGCAGCAGACCAGGGUGGUUGAUGAUAAUGGUUUCAACCCAAUGUGGGAGGAGACACUCGUCUUUAACAUUAAAAUGCCGCAGAUCGCCCUGGUUCGUUUCCAAGUGUGGGAUCAUGAUCCUAUUGGACGAGAUUUCAUUGGACAGAGGACUGUUGCUUUCACCAGUAUGAUGCCAGGUUAUCGGCAUGUGUAUCUAGAGGGGAUGGCAGAGUCAUCCAUCUUUGUUCAUGUUGCUAUCAUUGAUGCAACAUGUAAGGUAAGCUGCUCUAAACAAACUCAAUCUAAUUUCAGCUUCAACUCCAUCUUAAUCUUUGGUCCUUUGUAAAACAGAGCAAACCCUCAAAUCGGGUGCAAGCGGCCAGAAAACACAUCCAAAAAGCAGCCCAGAAGCAUAUGAUGGGUCAUCAGAAGCAGCCCUCUCUAGACUUCUCUGUCUUGUCUUCAGAAGACGGACGUGCUCCCCACUUCCGCAAGGAUCUGGAUGCCAUCUCUCAGGACAGCAGGAAUUGGGAAAUGUCUCCUCUGGUACAAGGGCCCGCAGCCAAAGCUGCCAUUCACAAAGGGGCAAUGAGUGAGCCAGUGAAGCGAGCGCACAAAGUUAAAAUUCAUGAUCCACCAGAGACAAGGAGAGGGAUCUUCAGCCGGAUGUCCUCCACUGACUCGCACCACAUGGGGCCUGCUCCUUAUGUGAAAGCAGAGAGCUUUGACCUUGAGACCCCUCCCCAGAAUCCCUUUGGUUCUGACAGACAAAAUUCAAUACAAGAAGAGUUGGAGAAUGAACCUGAUGAUUUAACAGGAUCAAACCGUGCUGAGCAGGAAAUAGUUCAGACAUUUGAUCCAGAGCAGCCUGAACAAUCUGAGGAAUUACCAAAAGAAUCACAGCCAAGCAAAGACAUUACCACUGAACCUGAGCAACCACUAGAAACUCAGACUGAUUCACUCCCUCAGCCUCAGCCCAUGCCACAUCCUCUGCCACAGCCUGAAGCCAAAUCCUCUCCACUUAUCCCUCCAUCGUCCCCUGCCAGGGUGAGAAGGACGCUCGAGGCUCCAGCCACCCCUCGACUGUCCACACCAAUAUGGAUAAAGGCCCGCUCACACAGUUGCCCUCGAAAACACACUACCUCUCCUCAGACAUCGAUGGUGAAGAAACAGCAAGCACAAAACUACAGCAGCUGCAGCAGCCAGGUGAAGCCCAUACCCAACGGCCUCUGCCUAUCUGACAGCACGUCCAGCAGCAGUGACGGCAGCCUGGAGUUUGUGCCCUCCUGUGUGACAACUGGGGCAGAGCAACGUGAGGGCACACUGCAGAGGGAGAUGAAGGCUCUUUUUGAUCAGAGGAUGAGAGAGAUACGCUGCAAAUCGCCACUUUUUCUAAAUGAUUAGACCACAAUUUAUAUUUGUGACUCCAAAGACAACAAUGUCACUCAGACAACGAAGAAAAAGAGUAGCAACAUGGCCACAAAAAGGAGGUGUGGGAAGACGAUGAGGAGG